AUGGACGGCGUCGCUUCACGGAAGAAACUGAGGCGGCAGUUGGAACCGACCAUCAUUCAUUUUGAUUAUGACUGUUUCUACGCCAGUGUUUUCGAGCAGGAAAACCCACAUCUCAAGUCGGUGCCGCUGGCUGUGCAGCAGAAACAGAUUCUGGUCACAUGCAAUUAUGAGGCCCGUCGACGAGGCUUACACAAGUUGCAACUCAUCAGCGAGGCCAAAAAAAUCUGUCCAGAUGUCGUCAUUGUACUAGGCGAGGAUCUUACACGAUUCAGAAAUGCCUCAAAGGAGCUGUGUGGCUUUUUGAGAGCAUACUCUUGGAACUCGCGCUGUGAACGAUUGGGCUUUGACGAGGUAUUUAUGGACGUGUCAGACAUCGUCGAUUACAAUAUCGAGACCUUGAAUCCGAAUGACUUCGCCAAUUCGUUCUUUUGUCUCUCCAAGAACGAUCCCACGGUUGGUUUCUCAUUUGACGCUACUCUACUGGCUGGCCCUACCUAUCCAGAAAGCCCCGACGACACUCCAGAGCUUGAAUCUGAGAAAGGUUACACGGCUACUGUUGGUAUUUCCACAAACAAGCUUCUUGCCAAGCUUGUUGGCAACGUUCAUAAACCAAACAAUCAGACCACAUUGCUGCCGCCGUACCACUUCAAGGACAAUGAUGGGCCGGACAAUGUUACUACUUUUGUCGACACCCACGAAGUUGGUAAGAUACCAGGUAUCGGCUUCAAAAUCGCACAGAAAAUCCGCUCUCAUGUGUUAGGAAGAUCGGCAGAUUUGGCUGCUGGAUUUGUGUACAGUGGAAUAAAAGAGACUGUCUUGGUCCGUGAUGUAAGAACAUACCCUGGCAUGGGCCCAGAAACACUGGGGCGUAUCCUAGAAGGACCUGGCGUUCCGCAAGGCACUGGCAUCAAAGUAUGGGGUCUGCUCAAUGGCUGUGACAAUACGGAAGUUGGCCAAGCUCGCGAAGUGCCUAAACAGAUCAGCAUAGAGGACAGUUAUGGCCGCUUAGACACGCUCGACAAAGUCAUCAAAGAGCUCCGGAGGUUGGCAAAGAGCUUGAUCAACAGGAUGCACAGGGACCUGCUUGAAGAUGAGGGCGAGGAUGGCGCAGUACUUGAGGGUGCAUCUGCUAGUCCCACCACAACUUCCAAGCGCUGGGUUGCCCACCCUAAAACGAUUCGUCUAUCAACACGGCCACGUUCGCCACAGAACCCUGACGGCAGCCGAAAUCGGUCCUUUGGACGUAUUUCUAGAGCGGCACCCAUGCCAAACUUUGUGUUCAAUCUAAAGGACAGUACGGAUGCAUUGGUCGAGAGACUAGUCUUUGAGACGUUGGUCCCUCUCUUUCGCAGACUACACCCUGAAAAGCAUGGCUGGAAUCUCAGCCUCGUAAAUGUUGCUGCUACCAAUAUUGUGGAUGCAUCAAGUGAGAGAGGAGGCAUCGGGAGAGAUAUUGGCAAGAUGUUCAAGCACCAGGAUGAAGUAUUGAGGCAAUGGAGGGUGGACGAAGAAGAAGAAGUGCAAGAAGCACCUGAAGUCCUGACAAAAGUAGAGAGAGAGUCCCGAGACGCAGCAGUGCCACAUGCAUUGACGAUCAGGACGGGGUCUGAAGAUAUACCUACUGCAUCUCAAGAGGGUGGGUUUGCUGAUGAGCACUGUUGGGAAUCUGAAGACGACGAGAUGAUGGAUGGUGAUUCGUAUCGUUGCGACGAUUGCGGCGCCAUGAUGCCGCUGUUUGCCAUGGGAGCGCAUGGACGGUGGCACGCGCAGACGUAG